ACCACGGAAAAUGGCGACCGUGAAAUAGAUGGAAGACGAAAGUAAGAAAUUAUUCAAUGCUGGCUAUACAUCGUUCCCUGCCUGCAUCCAUACUGCUCAGAGCCCGAGGAAUAGAUUUGGUAUGGAACAGCCUCAAUGGAAUGGUGUGCAGCAGCUCUUGCAAGCAGCAUCCAACAAACCAGCGUGAUAAAAACGGCCAUGGCAACAGAAAAGUCAUGUCUUCCAGGUGCUGAUGAAGAUGGGAAGGAUGCAGAUCCUGAGAUCAAUGCCAUUUCGCUUCUACAAGAGCCGUUAAAAAUGGCUCAAGGUUCCUCUUUUACUCACCCUUUCAGCCGGGCUUCUCCGAAACAAAAUAGCGUCCUCGAUGUUCUGUCCAACACUGACAUGUUCUCCCCGGUCGGUUUGGAAAAUGGACCUUUGCAUCAGGCAACACAAGCCAACGAACUCAACAGCAUUUCCACAGAGAAAGAGGAAGAGAAAAGCAUCACCCCGCUGAAAAAUGUACAGGAAAUUGAAAGUGCAGAAAUGUGGGAUUUUGACGAAGACUCGCCCGACAAUUUAUUAACUAACCUUAGUAGUGCAAGUCACCUUCCUUGGGGCCACCAACAAGAGUUGUUAGAGUAUCUGAUGGAGAACAACAGGGAUUGCCCGCAGAUGGAGUCUGGAGAAGAAGACGUUUCUGCUACUGACAGCCAAAGAAGAAGGAAAAGGAAGAUGGACAUGGUUGUCAUGACAGAUCCUUCAGAAAAAUUAUCGAUGGAGCUGUCUGAGGGUGAAGACUCCAGAAGGCCAAGAAGCUUCUCUAACUUUCCACCAACGGAGAAAAUUCCGAAGUUCCCCAACGGUACAGUAAAUGCUAUCAAAGACAUGUUUUACAAUUCCCCGACAAGAAAUUCCAACUUAAACCACGAUAGCCAUGGGCUGUCCCCACAGAGGAGGAAUAUCAUCCUGAAUUCACAUACAGAGGAAAAGCCGGCGUUUUACUCUUGUGCAAAAUGUGACCUGAGUUUUAAGAAAGAGCAUUAUCUCCUUAGCCACAUGAAAUCCCAUGCCGACCCGAUGCCUUUCACAUGCCGCGAAUGUGGGCAGUCGUUCAGGCAAAGUCGAUUGCUUAUCGAACAUAUGUCCGUCCACAAAGAGAAGAAGAGGGUCACUAAAGAGCUCAAAGAUGCAAACAACAAGAAGGAGGACAAAACCAGAAAACUCCUUUGCCCUCAGUGCUCAUUUGCGACAAACUGCCCCAACGCUUUUGUGCAGCACGCAAAAACACACGACAAGAACCAAGAGAAGAGGACACGAUAUGGUGACAGAAGUAAAGUCGACAAAACCAGGAAACUCUUUUGCCCUCAGUGCUCAUUUGUAACAUACUACCCGAACACGUUUGUACAGCACGCUAAAACACACGAGAAAGAGAAGAAAAACCUCAUUAAAUGUAGCAAGUGCACCUUCGUGACUCUGAUUGAGACUGAUCUUAUCAGACAUGAUAUCAAGCAACACAGUUCUCUUCAGGUCCAGGCCCAGAAAGAAGGUCCCGAUGCGUUCUCCUGUAACAUUUGCUCCUACAAAGCAUUUAGCGAAGACGUCUUCAGGAAUCAUCUUCUGCGUCGCCACCAACAAAGCUUCGAAAAAGAUAAUAGCAAAGCUCCUCCUCCUGAGAAUAAAAAAGUACCACACAACACUGAAACGUUCUCCUGUAACCUGUGUUUGUACAGAACCUUUAGCGAAAAGGUUUUCAUAAAUCACAUCCUGCAGCGCCAUCAGAAAACCUAUGGGGAAUACCUGGCUGCACAGAUUGGUCAGGAAAAUGCCCAAACAUCUGAGGCAGGAUAUGUCCCCAAUUGUAGGAGUCCUCCAGAAGACGCAGAGUUCACCUCCAAGAUCUCCGUUAAAAAUCGCAUCACCAAUAGAGCACAUUCCUCUAGUGAGUCGAGUGACCUUUCAGAACUCCUCAAAAGUGGCAGGAUUGAAAGAGAUUUGAAGUCCAAAGUGACAGAAUCCAAGCUCGACAAAUCCAUAAAUAUUCUUCUGUCCCGACGAAAACACUGUAAAGACGCUGCACACCAAAACCGGGAAAGAAGUAGCUGCAGGGCAACUGGUAGGGAUUCAAAAAACGACCGUGAUGAAGAGUCCGACUUCUCCCCAAAUGGCCACACGUUGGCUUUUAGCGUAGCUGACACAGAUAGCGAGUCCAGGUUGAACACAGAGCCGUCAACCAUGAAGAAAUCAUUGUCCAAGCGAAAGAUGUCAACCCCGUACCACAACAGGUGUGAUGGGGAUCCAUUGUUGAGGUCAAAGAAAAUACUUGAAGACGACCAGAUGUCAGAUGAAGGCACCUUCCAGUUUACAGACACACAUACCAAUGAAAACUCUUUUGACAACGGCCUCAAGAAAGAAAAGCAGAACAUCAUGUGUACCUAUAGCAGAAGAAUGUCAAUGCGGGGCGCUCUACAGGCGUCCAAAAGACUGUAUGAGAAAAUUAAAACGGAGGGCCAAGAACCGCUGGAUCCCGAAAUCAAAGAAGAACCCGUAGAAAGUGAAAUCUAUCAAGAAACAUUUGACACCCACCAAAUACCGCUGGAGGAUUCCUUUGACGAAUCAUCAGACCUGGAAACGGAUCGCAAGAGCUGUCCGUACUGCCCAGCCGUCUUCGAGUCAGGCGUUGGACUGUCCAAUCACAUCCGAGGGCACCUUCACAGGGUUGGACUGAGCUACAAAGCACGUCAUGUAGUUUCUCCUGAGCAGGUGGCCUAUGAGGACCGGAAGCCGCGUGGAAGAAGAAAGACGUCCACGUUGGGGAGAUUGAAAAAAGCUAUACGGGUAAAGACAGAUUCUGAAACUGUGAACAGCAUACACUCCUGUCCGUUAUGCGGGGACACGUUUGACAACAGAACUGGACAGUCCAACCACAUACGGGGCCACCUCAAGAAGCUGGGCAGAAGCCUCACGUCAAAGAAAAAAACUCCGUUAAUGUUACUCCGGGAACUGAUGCGUGACAAGAAGGAACUGGAGCGGGCGUUACAAAUUCUUGGAAGGAGACGGGACCAUUUCCCGUACAGCACUUCACCAAAGUUUCCCAUUGCAGGUCGAUUCACUCCAUCACCCAUGGAUGCGAAAGACUGCAUGGAUGCUAAACCCCUGACGUUUCCUUUUGAGGAAACAGAAUCUGAAGAAAUGCAGGAGGACUCAAAGUUGGAUGUUAAAAAUUCACUUUCAGGUGCGACUGCCUUGAUCGGGAUUCUAAAGAAGAGGAAAUGUCAGGAGGAAACCAGAGUUAAGGCGUUGCACUUGUCAAAAAACUCAUUCACUGUUUCUUCGAACGGCGAACACUGUUCAGGAUCCAGACUUUCUGCUUUGCCGAAUUCUUUAAAUGAGAAAGGCGAGUUUAACAGGAAAGUGUGUGUCCACUGCAACGCCACUUUUCACAGCGGUGUCAGUUUGUCCAAUCACUUGCGGGCAUAUGAAAAGAGGAAAAAGAACGCCUUAAUGGAAGGAACUACUUUUGACUGUUGUAAAGCUAGAAGGCAGCGAUCAAGACCUGGCUCAAAGAAGAAGACACUGCCGUUAACGCAGACGCCAGAGGAAAUGUACCGUCUCACCUGCAGGUUUUGCGACCUGGUCUUUCAGGGCCCUUUGUCAGUCCAGGAGGAUUGGAUUAAACAUUUGCAGAGACACAUCAUGAACACGAGUGUCCCACACACUGGGCUGAGCAUGAUAGAGGUCCCCCCGCUCCACAAGGACCUUCAAGCCCUCAAACAUGAGGAGGCCUCUCUGACAGCCACCCACGCUGCCUCCUGAGGCCAACACUGAUCUGUCCAGAUUUCAACAGACUUGAUGUGUAGUGUACAUUGGAUGUCCUUUCACCUUUUUUAACCUCUACUGCAGACCACAGGUACAAUACAACUGGACAACCGAGGUGUUGAACACCGUUAGGCAUUUGGAUAGAUUAGAAAAAAAAUAUUUUGGAUAAUGUUACUUUUUUCCGUUUUUACACAAUCAAUCUUUGGAAAACAAUUCCAAGAGGAUGAACGGUUUCCAUGUUUUAUGCAGAAGUGUAGUGUGGAAUUCAUUUUUGAAAUGAAAACAACCCUUACCUCAGAUUUCUCAUGGUUCCAGUCCAUUUGUUUUUUGUUUUUUUUCUUGACAGUAUGGGAGCGCCACUCCUCCUGUGUCACUCUUUACAUUUGUACAUUUUGUUUUUCCUUUUUUUUUUAAUCUAGUGCAAGUUUAAACUAGAGCCUAUGGUGUGUUGUCAGGCCAAGGUGUAACUGAGGUGUUUGUUAACUCAGAGUUCAGCAUUUCAAAACCUGCCAGUAAGGAUGUUAACCGACUGCAAGAAUAGAAAUGCAUAGAAUUUUUUUUUUUUUUUUUUAGUAGCAGUAACAGCAUUGUUUCUAAAACCUAACGUGGACAGACAUUCAGUUCAAACAUUGUCUUUCACACGGCACACCUAUAUUUAAUGAUUGAAUAUACCAUUUUAAAAUAAUUUAAUUUUAAAUGUUCUAUAUCACACGAAACAGUACCUAAAAAAGUGUUUUGAAUAAAAGAAAAUGCAAAGGUU